AUGGCAAUAUGCAAGCACAUCGGUUAUCCACACAUAUUUAUUACUUUCACCAGCAACCCAAAGUGGCCUGAGAUUGAGCGGUAUGUCGCAGAACGUGGCCUUAAAGCCGAGGAUAGACCUGACAUCGUUUGUCGCGUGUUUAAGAUGAAGCUUGAUGCGAUGAUUGAAGACAUCAAGAUAGACAAGUUGUUUGUCGAGAUAUGUGGAGUUAUCUACACGACUGAAUUCCAAAAAAGAGGGCUCCCUCACGCUCAUAUCUUGCUAUUUGCCAAAAGAAUGAAUAGGGCAAAUUCUGCGAAGGAAAUUGACGCCCUGAUCUCAACUGAAAUACCUGACCCAGAUGCUGAUGCUGAAUACCAUGAAGCAAUCACUGAAUUCAUGUUCCACGGACCCUGCGGAGUACUUCGGAAAAAUUCACCGUGCAUGGUAGAUGGUAAAUGUUCAAAGCAUUUUCCAAAAAAAUAUGUUACUCAUACAAUUUUGGAUAAAGAUGGCUACCCGAUCUACAGAAGGCGUAACAAUGGGUGCACAAUCACUAAGAAUGGAAUCGAACUUGAUAAUCGUUACGUCGUUGCGCAUAAUAAACAUCUGCUGCUAAAAUAUCGCGCACAUAUUAACGUUGAAUGGUGCAACCAAUCGAGGUCUAUUAAAUAUUUAUUCAAAUAUGUGAACAAAGGAAAUGAUAGGGUCACAACAGAAUUCAUGAGUAGUUCAAAGAAUGCUCUCAAUGGUGAUGUGGUCGAUGAGAUUAACAUGUACUACGAUUGUUGCUAUAUAUCAGCAUGUGAAGCCACGUGGCGGCUAUUUGGAUACGUGAUACAUUAUCGAACCCCACCUGUUGAGAGGUUAAAUUUUCACUUAGAGCACCAGCAGAAUGUUGUAUAUAGUGAAGAUCAGCCCUUGGAUGAGAUUGUGGAGAACCAAACGGUUAAGCAGAGUCAGUUCAAAGCUUGGUUUGAGGCGAACAAAAAAUACGAAGACGCUCGGUCACUCACUUAUGCCGAGUUCCCUAGUAAGUUUGUUUGGAGACAAGAUCUGCGUGAAUGGCAUCCGAGGAAAAGAGGCUACUCCAUAGGACGAUUGUUCUAUGUUCCGCCAGGGUGUGGAGAGUUAUACUAUCUUAGAUGUCUUUUAAAUUUGGUACGCGGACCUUUUAGCCAUGAAGAUAUUCGCACUGUUGCAGGAGUCAUUCAUAAUUCGUUUAGGGAUGCGUGUUAUGAAUAUGGAUUAUUAGAUGAUGACAAGGAGUACAUUGACGGCAUUAUUGAUUCGAGUUACUGGGCAUCCGCGUAUGCUUUGCGAAGGUUAUUUGUUACGCUUCUCACUUCAAGUUCACUCAGUAAGCCAGAAGUAGUUUGGAAUGCCGUUUGGGAAUUUCUUGCGGAGGAUGCACAGGUUCAGCGUCGACGUGUAUUGCAGAAUCCAGAGUUGAUGCUAUCGGAUUCAGAUAAAAAACAGUUUGCUCUUAUGGAGUUGGAGAAUUUGCUAUCUUCGUGGGGAAAAAGCCUGAAAGACUUUCCUGAAAUGCCAAUUCCAGACAAAAGUAGCAUGGGUUUGAGUGAAAACAUGUUGAUAGCUGAAGAGUUGGUGUAUGACAAGGAAUCUUUGAAGACAGAGCAUGAGACAUUGGUAACACAAUUGACCGAUGAACAAAAGAAUGUUUACGACUCUGUGAUAAUGAUAUUGAUUCAAAUGGAGGUGGAUUAUUCUUUGUACAUCGGAGAUGGGAUUGCAGGGGUUGUAAACAACGGUUCAUCUGAUAUCGAUAUUCCUGCAGGGGUUGUAAACAACGGUUCAUCUGAUAUCGAUAUUCCGGCAAGAUAG